GUUAUAAAGUGACAAUUAUAAAAUAAAUAACACUAGUCUCUAGUAACAAAAGUCUAAAGAUUAAGUACGUGGCCGUCGAUACUAACUUGGAAGGCCACAGAAUGUUUAUUGGCUGGGAAUACAGAACUCUGUGCUGGUUGGUUGGCAGUCGGUGCCACGGUUUACACUUGUAUCUGACGUGACAGUAGCUAUAUGAGCUAACCUAUAUUCUACUAUUUGUUUACGCGGCAGUGUUUUAAAAUGAGGCCCAAAAUAGAAGAAAUACAGCAACUUCUCGAGGAAUACAAUCAGACACACAUAUUAAAAUAUUGGAAUGAACUGGACAACAAGGAUAAAAAAGAUUUUUUAAACAGUUUAAGUGAAAUCUCGUUCGGUUCAAUAAAUUCAAUGUUUACGGCAGCAUUGAACAGUUUGAAAGUUGAUGUGAAGCAGUUAAACGACUUUAUAAAUCCAAUACCACACGAUCAAAUCGAGGUGGCGAAUAAUGUGAGUAAAGAUGUCCUGCAAAAGUAUCGUCAGUGUGCCUACAAAGAAAUUAGCGAGAACAAAAUAGGUGUUUUGUUGUUAGCCGGUGGUCAGGGCACUCGAUUAGGAGUUAAGUACCCCAAAGGCAUGUUUUCGGUUGGUUUGCCUUCGAAAAAGACCUUAUUCCAGCUACAGGCUGAAAGAAUUCGUAAAGUACUGGAAAUGUCCUAUUCAGAAACAAAAAAACACGGCAAUAUUUAUUGGUACAUAAUGACGAGCGAAGCAACCAACGACAUUACCGAACAGUAUUUAAAAAAGAAUCAGUAUUUUGGACUGAAAGAGGAAAACAUAAUAAUAUUCCAACAAGGGUAUCUUCCAUGUUUAGACAACGACGGCAAAAUUAUUCUCAACGGCAAAAAUUCCAUUGCCAUGGCCCCCGACGGAAACGGCGGCCUCUUUAAAGCACUGCACCGUAACGGCAUUUUGAACGACUUUGAAAAACGUGGCGUAAAAUAUGUCCACGUCUACGGAGUCGAUAAUAUUUUAGUCAAAGUUGCUGAUCCGGCUUUCCUCGGCUACUGCAUAUCCAAAAACGCAGAUUGCGGUGCUAAGGUUAUCAAAAAAACACACCCCGAAGAACCUGUCGGUGUUAUUUGCAAAGUGGAUGAGCACAUAAAAGUGGUCGAAUACAGCGAGAUCGAUCCGAAAUUGGCAAGUUUGAGGAACGAACUCGGCGAUUUGGUGUUCAGCGCCGGAAACAUCUGCAAUCAUUUCUUCACAACCGACUUUCUUCGCAAAGUUGCUUUAGAACACGAAAACGAUCUUCCAUUACAUGUAGCAUUGAAGAAAAUUCCUUACUUCUGCGAUGGCAAACUGAUAGAGCCGACCCAACCAAACGGGAUCAAAAUCGAAAAGUUUGUUUUUGAUGUUUUCCCGUUCUCUGAAAAUUUCGUGUCGUGGGAGGUGGACUGUGCCAGCGAGUUCAGUCCCGUGAAGAACAAAGAAGGGAAGGACAGUCCCGAAACGGCAAGAAACGAUUUGCUUAAACUGCACAAAAAGUACGUUGAGCAAGCUGGUGGUGUAUGCAAAGGAGACGUGGAAAUUUCGCCCCUGGUUUCUUAUGCUGGGGAAAAUUUGCGGGAUUAUGUGCUUAAUAGAGAAUUAGAUGAUUUGACGGUUUUGGAUUCAAAGGAAGUUGUUUGCACGAAUAGAUACAUUUCUUGAUUUUAAUUUAAAUUCGUCUUGUGAUACGUACUGUUAAAGCUUUACUAAAAUUACUUACAUUGGUUAAGUUUAUUGUAAAUAUUUUUAUCUGAGAUUUUAUUUAUAUUUGUAAAAAGUAUAAUUUUGACUGUUCACAAUAAAAACAUUUCAACUAAAGUGUAUUUAUUAGUGGGUAAAGAGGAACAAUAAAACCAUGUUUUCUACAAUAUUUGUGUUAUAUCCUAGAAUUAUCGAUUUUAUUAACUAUAUGCACAUAACAUUAUUUCACCUUGUAAUAAAUAACUGAUAAGUCGCCGCACAUUUUAUUGUAAAUGUGAUAUAGAUAUUUUUACAAAUCAAUAAGUACGUAAUGUCACAUUGUUAACAUUCCUAAAAUUCUUUUAUAAGAUACAUUAAAAUAAUAGUAUACUUACUAAGAUACGAGAUAAAUUUGAAUUAAACGGGAAGAUUGAUAAUAUUUUGUGAUAGAUUGAAGCAAUUAUUGUAACAUGCUAUGCAAUUAAAUAAUAUAAAACUUGCUAAUUCAA